UGUGGAAUUACAAAAACAUUAUCUUUGAUAAUCUUUACUCUGAAAGAUCUAUCAAAACUUAUGUUUUUUAGUCUGUAUAUGCAGCAUGUCAGACAUGAAUGUUGAUCCUAAUGAAACACCAGUGAAACUUGAGGGUAAGGGAAUUGCAAUUUUAGUAUGUUGGAUUCUUGGAUUUGGAACUUUGGUGUCAUGGAACAGUAUGUUAACCAUAGGAGACUAUUACUAUGUAUUAUUUCCAGACUAUCAUCCAUCAAGAGUACUUACCCUUGUCUACCAACCGUUCGCCUUAGGAACCUUAGCGUUACUUGCGUAUAACGAAUCGAUGGUCAAUACUAGAAAGCGUAACAUUGCAGGAUACAUAUUGUUCUUUUUAUGCACUCUAGCCCUCAUUGUGACGGAUUUAGCCUCAUCUGGAAAAGGUGGAAUCGGAAGUUACAUCAUUAUAUGCAUUUUUGCCGCUGGUUUUGGUGUUGCUGAUGCUCAUGUUCAAGGUGGAAUGACUGGAGAUUUGGCCUUCAUGAAGCCAGAAUUCAUCCAAUCUUUCUUUGCUGGUUUAGCAGCAUCAGGUGCUCUAAUCUCCGGCUUAAGGCUUAUAACAAAAGCCGCUUUUGAUAAGUCUCCGAAUGGUCUUCGAAAAGGGACUAUGUUGUUCCUUGCAAUCUCUACAUUCUUUGAGUUUCUAUGCAUUUUCCUCUACGCAUUUGUGUUUGCUAAGUUGCCGAUUGUGAAGUAUUAUCGCGCUAAAGCAGCAUGCGAAGGGUCAAAAACUGUUGCGUCUGAUCUUGCUGCAGCAGGCAUCCAAACUGAUCCCAACCAAAGAGCUGAUGUUGAUGCUAAGACUCCCGACCGAUUGAGCAACAAAGAACUGUUGUUCAAGAACAUCGAUUAUGCGUUAGAUAUGUUGUUGCUACAUGUUGUUACUCUUUCCAUUUUCCCCGGCUUCUUGUAUGAAAAUACAGGAAAACAUGGUUUAGGCUCAUGGUACCCCCUCAUCCUAAUCGCAAUGUACAAUAUUUCAGAUCUUAUUGCAAGAUACAUUCCUCUAAUAGAAUCUAUUAAGCUUGAAUCACGAAAGUGGCUAAUGAUUGUCGUAUUAUCGCGCUUUUUGUUCAUCCCCACUUUCUAUUUCACUGCAAAAUACGGUGAUCAAGGUUGGAUGAUUAUGCUCAUAUCCUUACUCGGAGUAACAAAUGGUUAUCUCACUGUAUGUGUCAUGACGGUGGCUCCUAAAGGUUGCACGGGUCCAGAGGCAAACGCUUUAGGAAACAUUUUAGUAUUGUUUCUUUUAGGAGGAAUUUUCUUAGGUGUCGCUCUUGAUUGGCUAUGGAUAAUUGGCAAUGGUAGCUUUUGACAAUUUAUUUUAGUUUUUCGUCUUUUGAAGAUUAUAGUUUGCGUGUUUGUUUAUGUGUUUGAAGUUGUGGUGUUGUUGAGUUAUAUAUCACUCGGUUGUGGAAGCUGUUUGAGCUUGUGGCGUCCGAAGUUAUAUAUUGAUGGUUAUUUUGUUA